AUGUACAUGGCCGCCGAGUGUCGUGUCAACCAGGACAUUUCAUGCUUGGAGGUGACACUGUGUCCGGCGGGCGCGGAGGAGGUGACUGGUCCUACUGCUAGCAGCGAUCGUGUUUGUUCGGCGUGCACGACUGGCACAUUCAAGGUGUUGGAGGACACGCGUGAGUUGACAGGGUCGUGUGUUGCCAAAAGCACAUGCGGGGACUAUGACUAUGAGUUGACGGGUGCCACGCGGACGAGCGACACGGUUUGUGCGCCGUUGUUGACAACGAACUUGGAGCUGCACCCUGGGGUUGAGCUGGACACGGUCGCGGAUGAGCAAGACUUUGUAGAUCGGAUUAUCCAGGCCGCGGGUACUGACGCCGGCAUCGAACGGGUCUUGCUGCUGAACGGACAACGACGAGCGACGACCUACACGUCCGCUGUAGCCCUGUUUCGCUCACGCACCAGGGCUAAUGCAUUUGAAGCACGCUUGCCGUUGUCUGUGGAGUUUCACUCGUCUACAGUCUCGGUAUACAGCGAGGGGCAGGCACCUGGCGGCUCGACGGCAGCUCCCUCGAGCUCCGUGGGCGCUGUACUGGGCGCGGUGGUGGUGGUUAUGCUAAGCAUCUUUGUGGUACAACGACGACGCAAGGCGCGCAAGUUGAAGGCGCGGGAUCGCGAUGUUGUGGCUUUUGAGAACGUGCUGUACGACAACACGAGCGAUAGCGUCGUCCACAAUCCCGUGUAUAAUCCCGACGAUGAGACUUCCGGCCUAUAUGCAGAACCGACGCAAGCUGGAGUCAUUGACGGGGAGUAUAUGGAGGCAGACACUCCCUUGGGGCCCCCACACAUUACUGCAUCGGAAGAAGCAGGGUAUUUGGACGUGGGUGAAGGGGACAACAUGACACAGGACGGGUUUGGUGAAUUUGACGCCAGCGAUUUCGAUUUGUCUCAGGAACCAAUUGUCGAUGAUGAGGAUGACGAGUGGAUUUUUUUUUUCUCCUCUCUGAAGAAGAUGAAGGAAAUCAAGGCAAAAACGGUGCUGCACCCGGGGCAAGGCAAGGCAGAGUGGUCUGCCGGCGACAAGGCUGUCUUUCAUUUCGUGACACGCCGUGCCGACAACGGGACUGUGGUCGAUGACUCACGCAAGCUCGAUAAUGGGCCCUUUGAGCUGCGCUUGGGCAAGCAGUUUCUCUUACCAGCGUGGGAAGAGGCCGUUCAAUCGAUGAGUAUCGGUGAACGUGCCGCCUUCACUGUGAGCCCUGAGCGUCACGAGGGCUACGCUCGCUUGGCACAAGUUCUUCGCGACGCGGCCACGGAGAAGCAUGGUCACCAUCACCAUGAUGACGACCAUGGUCAUAGUCAUGGUCAUGGCCAUAGUCAUGGCAUGACUUCGCGCUGUGCCACCUCAGUGUUGCAAAGCGAACACAAGGAUCUCUUUCAGCUCUUUCACACAGACUUGAUCUUUGAGAUUGAAUUGCUCAGUGUCCAAAAAGCCGGCUCCUUUUCCAAGGAUAUGUGGGAAAUGUCUCUUGAAGAGCGUGUGGCGGAUGCAGCCGCUAAAAAGGCAAGCAAACAGCCAUCUCACAAUUUGUUUCCUUUCCAUUUCGAAGAAGGAAACACGUUCUUCAAGAGCAAGCGCUAUGCUGAGGCCAUUAUUGCGUAUGAAAAAUGCAUGGCUCACAUCGAAACCAUCGAAAACAGUGCGCGCGUGCCAGAAUCAGCGAUUCCAGAUGAGAUGCUGAAGAGCUUGCAGCCAUUGCGCGAAGCGGCCCUGCUCAACAUGGCGGCAUGCAAACUGCAAGUCAAAAAGUACAAAGAUGCCAUCGAUCACACGACGAUGGUCAUUGAACGAGGGACAUCCAAUCCCAAAGCCUAUUAUCGGCGAGCACAGGCGCAUUUGUUGCGCGGGCGAGACUUGGAGCUUGCUCAGGCCGAUAUUGAGCUUGCCCUGGAGCUGGCACCUGAUGAUAAGGGAAUCGCAACUUUGCAACACAAGAUCACGCUCGCGCUUGUGGAAUCGGAAAAGGCUGAUCGACAACGCUACAAGACUAUGUUUUCGGUAUAA